UGCAGGGGCGGUGGACAUGGAGGCUGUGCUGAACAAGCUGGUGUCUGUGAAGGAUCUGAAGAAUUUUCAAAGGAAAUUUCAGUCUGAGCAGGCAGCUGGCUCUGUUUCCAAAAGCACACAGUUUGAGUAUGCCUGGUGCCUGGUGCGAAGCAAAUACAAUAACGACAUCCGUAAAGGCAUCUUGCUCCUGGAGGAGCUGUUGCCCAAAGGGAGCAAAGAGGAACAGCGGGAUUAUGUCUUCUACCUGGCAGUAGGCAAUUACCGUCUCAAGGAAUAUGAAAAAGCUUUAAAGCAUGUGCGAGGACUGCUGCAGACUGAGCCCCAGAACAACCAGGCCAAGGAGCUGGAACGCCUCAUUGACAAGGCCAUGAAGAAAGAUGGACUAGUAGGCAUGGCCAUUGUUGGUGGCAUGGCCCUGGGUGUGGCGGGACUGGCUGGACUCAUUGGACUAGCUGUCUCCAAGUGCAAAUCCUGAAGACAGCCUCACCUGCUCUCUGCCCUGGCGCACCUGGGAGCCUGGGGACACUGGAAGAGGGUCCUGU